ACACUCCCGGUCUCAAUUUGCGGUUAUUCAAAAAACUCCUUCUCCAUGGUGCCUUCGUUUUCCUUCAAAACCAUAAUCCCUCAUCAGAAACCAUAUCAUUACGUGUCAUCAACUGAGGCGAAUUCAGCAUAGUUUAGCUCUGCACGUGGAUUGAACCGAAGUCUUUUCUAAUGGUACACGUUGAAUAUUAAUGGUCUUCAAGGUUUAUCUGUUAUUAUUGUAAGUGUUGGUAUACUAGUCUGGAGCAGAAGUUUGCCAAGGAAGCUGCUUUUAGCUGAUUGCUUUGUCAUAGUAUGGACUUGAAUGAGUUUUCAAGUGUCGGUGUGACUAGUUCUGCAGGAAUCCCUUGCACAUCAUCUUAUACUCAUAUUUCAGCAAUACCCAACAGGUUGAUUGGAUCCUUGAAACACGACACAGAACACUCUCCUAAUUCGGCUCUUUCUACCCAUUUUGAUUCUGAUACCCUUUCUUCUGCACUAAGUGACGGCCAGGAACAGCACACCGCUGGGGAAAUUCACUCUGGUGUAAACCCUUUGCAACUAUCUACUAGAUGCUUUUUUCCACAGGAUAUAAGUUAUGACCAUGAAACCAGAUAUGCAUUGCUGGAAUUAGAAACUGCUUUGAUGGCACCUGAUGGUGAUGAUCAAGUCACCACAUCAAGCACUUCGUCUUUUGGUGUUAGCAGAAGGCCUACAACAUCUGGGCAGAGAAAUAGGUCCUGGAGCCAUGAGGGUCAGCCAAAUGAUGUUGCACGAGUGGGUAAGCGUCACAAAUCAACUGAGGAAGUAUCACUACAAGGAUUUCCAUCAACCCAUUUGAAAGAAUUGCUGAUUGUGUCAGCCAAAGCCUUGUCUGAAAACAAGAUGAAAGAUUUUGAUCAAUUGAUAGAGAAGGCUAGAAGUGUUGUGUCUAUAACUGGGGAGCCAAUCCAGCGCCUCGGUGCUUAUUUGGUGGAAGGGCUUGUUGCAAGGAAGGAGGCAUCGGGGAAUAACAUCUACCGUGCACUCAGAUGCAGAGAACCUGAAGGAAAAGACUUGCUCUCUUACAUUCAGCUACUGUAUGAAAUAUGUCCCUACUUAAAAUUUGGUUACAUGGCUGCCAAUGGCGCCAUUGCUGAAGCUUGUAGAGAUGAGGACCACAUUCAUAUCAUAGACUUUCAGAUUGGUCAAGGAAUUCAAUGGAUGACACUUCUUCAAGCUCUUGCUGCAAGACCUGGUGGAGCUCCCCAUGUGCGGAUCACAGGGAUUGAUGACCCCCUUUCUAAAUAUGUCCGUGGUGAUGGAUUAGAAGCCGUUGGAAAAAGGUUGGCUGAAAUAUCUCAGACAUUUAACAUCCCAGUUGAGUUCCACAGUGUGCCUGUUUUAGCUCCAUAUGUGACAAAAGACAUGCUUGACAUUAGACCUGGUGAGGCUUUGGCUGUGAAUUUCCCUUUGCAACUCCAUCACACGGCUGAUGAGAGUGUCGACAUGAGUAAUCCAAGGGAUGGACUUUUGAGAUUGGUGAAAUCACUUUCUCCCAAGGUAACUACGUUGAUUGAGCAAGAGUCAAACACUAAUACCACUCCUUUCUUCAACAGGUUUAUAGAAACCUUGGAUUACUACUUGGCAAUUUUUGAGUCCAUUGAUGUGUCUCUUGCAAGAAAGAGCAAGGAUCGGAUUAAUGUAGAACAACAUUGUCUGGCACGGGAUAUUGUCAAUAUUGUUGCUUGUGAAGGGAAGGAAAGGGUAGAGAGACAUGAACUGUUAGGCAAGUGGAAGUCUAGGUUCACAAUGGCUGGCUUUUCUCAAUAUCCUUUGAGUUCAUACGUUAAUUCUGUCAUAAGGAGCCUGCUUAGGUGCUACUCAGAACAUUAUAAUCUUGUGGAGAAGGAUGGGGCCAUGUUGUUGGGAUGGAAGGACAGAAAUUUGAUUUCAGCUUCAGCAUGGCACUGAUUACAUGCAGAGAGGAAA